AUGGUAGUAAAUACUAUCAAUUUAAGGCUAAAAACUGCUGCUCAAUAUUUACAAAAUAAUGAUAUUUUAGAACAGGCAAUUAUACAACUCAUAGAACAUAAAAGUAUUCAAGGAAUUUGUGCUUACAAGCAAGUUAAUGAAGAUCAACAACUCAUACUGUAA